AUGGGCUCCCGCCUGCUGCUGAUGCUGAUGCUGCUUCAGGCAGUUUGGAAAGAUGCUCUGGGAAAAUCGCAUUCGCUGCAUACCCGAGGAAUCAUCGAAUUGGCAGGAGCUAUAUCAUGUGGCACGGGACGGUCUCCCUUGGCAUAUAUUGGCUAUGGAUGCUACUGUGGACUGGGAGGACAAGGCUGGCCUAAAGAUAAAACAGACUGGUGCUGCCACAGGCAUGACUGCUGCUACGACAAGGCAGAGAAGGAAGGCUGCAGCCCCAAGGCGCAGCGAUACCAGUGGGCAUGCGAGCAGAACGCCGUGCGGUGCGAUAACCUGACAGACCGGUGUGAAAAAAUGGUGUGCCUGUGUGACCAAGAAGCAGCCAAGUGUUGGGGAGCAGCCCCCUACAACCCACACUUCAUCCUCUGGCCAGACUUUUUAUGUGGACAGACUCACCCCACCUGCCAUUUCAGAUAUGGGGGGGCAGAAUAG